UCGCUCCAACUGUUUGACGUGCCCGAUGUGGAUUAUCGGUACGAAGCCUCUCGGGAGGUGGAGUUUCAACCCGCCUUGACGGGCAUCCAGCCCAUCACGUUCUCCAUUCCGGGCUCCGACGAUUAUUACGAUCCCAAUUCCCUCCGAUUCAAAGUCAAAGUACGCCUGACUGAUCCCGCGGCUGGGUAUAAUGGGUUGAUCGCCAAUCUGGCCAACUCCGAUGCCAACAAUACCAGGAACACCUACUGCGUGAACAAUUUUGGGCACUCCAUCUUUCGAGACAUCACCCUGAGCAUGAAUGGGGUCCUCAUGACCGAACAGAGCAAUACCUACCAUUACAGAGCCUACUUAGAAACCCUCCUGAAUUACAGCCGAGACGAAGGAGCCACCAAGUUAGCCCCUCAAGGAUGGGUCAAUCAGCUGAAUGUGAUUGCAGAAAUGGGAGCCACAGGAGCCAAUUCUGAUGUGCCCACUGGCGCUGAUUGGAGUGGCAAUGAAGAAUUGCGUGCCUUGACCAGCCGGUUGCUGAGUGAACAUUGGCACACCUUCAUCAUCCGCCCCCAUUUGCCACCCCUCAGAACAGGCAAAUUGUUGGUCCCCAAUGUCCAGAUGGACUUUGAACUCUUCCUCAACCCCAACACCGUCUACUUGAUGGGCACCCCUAACAAAGGGACCUUGAACGCCAAAAAAUUUCCAGCCAUUCACCAGGAAGACAUCAAAGUCACGUUCAAGAUGAGAAAAGUGACCUUGAAUGCCAGCGUCUAUGUCAGACUGCAGAAAGAAAGACAACUGGGCAAACAGAUUGCCCGCUACCCAGUGGUGCGGAGCGAAAUCCGCACCUUUUCCUUCGAUGGACGAACCACCCAGUGGGAACGUGUGUUUGUGGGUCGAUUUCCUGACCGAGUGAUGGUCGGGUUACUGCAUUCCAAUACCUUCAAUGGAGACCUACAACGAUACCCCUUUGCCUUUGAAAAGUUUGGCGUCACUCAAAUACGUCAGACCUUGAAUGGAGAAGAAUACCCUUACAGAACCCUGCAACUGACUGGAGCAGAAGCCUAUGAAGAUCUACUGGGGUACGAUCGAUUUCUACAAGCCAUG